AUAAUGCGUUGGUAAAAGUUCAUUGAUUUUGUCAAAAAGCUAUAUUUCUCUAUUGUCCGUAUUUCACAUAAAUGGGGGGAAUGAGUCCAUGGAAGUAAUUUUAUUUUUAUUUUUUUAUUUUUUAGAAAUUGGGAUCGGUGUACAAAGAAUAUUUUGACCGAGUUCGGGGUGUAUAUUUGAAAAUCAUGGCGAAAAGAGGGAGAUUCAAAAAUAAUUUGAUAACGCACGAAUUUGAGUUUGAUGAGGGCUUGGAUUCGAAAGUAAGAGUAAAACUAAUUAUUGAAGUCAUCAAAUACUUAAUGUAUCAGAGACAACAGCUUCCACUGGCCUUAGAUCAGCUGAAAAGGCAUAUCAGUCUCAACGACGACACGCAACUGUCGGAGAUGAAGUCACGACCCGGCAAACCAACCACCAGAAGGGAACUCAAGUAUGCCAUUAAGGCCGUCCGUAAUCUCGACCAAAUAUUUGACAUGAUCUCACAAGCGUUCGAAAUUUGCCCAGAAAUCCGUAGUAUUUUGAUACUAUUCGGAACCACUCCGAUUAGUCCGAAGGAAUCGUAUUUACUUUCAAUGCCGGUGCUUCACCCGGAAUUCGACUGCCUGAGUUUAAAGAGUUCAGUUAAAACACUCUUCCGACAAAUUGUAUGCAAAGACGUAUUGGGUGAUGCUAAGUCGAUAUCUCCUACUAAUAUGAUUGUGAUGGUUAAUGCACCGAAAUGUAGCGGAAUCUCGUGGUUUCUUCCUAAACCAAAUUUUAAACUUCCAGUUCGGGGGAAACGCCACGUUUUUAACCUGAACUGCAAGCAUUCGGAUUUAGCUAAUCAAAGCAUUGUUUGUAAUGAUGAUACGGUCGAGAUAUCGGGGAUCGAACCACUAGAAUCCUCAGCUAUAGAUAUCACUUCGGCGGAUUUUAUGAAACGUCUGUCGUUGUCCGGAGAUGAUGAAUCUCUACAGAAUUCUACCAAUAGUCUCUUGGAAUCGUUUGAGGUCUGUCAGUCCGGAAGUUCAAUCCAUGCCACUGCCUCAGUCUCUUCUCUUUUUGCAUCAAAUGACAUCACUGUAGUCGACAAGGAAAACCAGUCGAAUUCUUCUGACAUCGUAUGCGACCAUAUGAACAGUAUUUCCAUCGAUCACAGAGACUUUACAGAACCAUCAUUAAGGACAGACAUUUUAGAGGACAUGUCGGCAUAUAUGUGGUUUCAAGCCCCUGUCUUUGUAAAAGGAUACAGAGACAAAAGCUCAAAAAAUGCCAUAUUUAUGUAACGUGUAAAAUUGAUAUUUGAUCAAUUCGUGUUAAGUUUUGUACAGAAUGGGGGCUUUUAUGGUAAAAAGUGCAAUAUACGAUGAAGUUCAUCAUUUUAGCAUUGAUAGUGGGGAUACAUGUAUAUGUAUCAUAUAUUAAUCAUGCACAUAAGCCAUUGUAUGCACCACUGGAAUCACAAUGAUUCAGUAAAUAAAUACCGUCUUUGCUAGACAGUAACGUUUGCACUAUAUUAAUAUUUGUACUGGUAUACAUGUGUACAUGUACCAUGAAAUUCAUUUUUACAAGAAUUCUUAAUUAAAAUGCUUUUGUCAUAAAAUAAAUUAUUGUAUGUAUUGAAAUUCACAAUAAAAGAUGUUUUUUA